AUGCAGAUCCUGAGCCAAAGGGAGAGGAAGCUGGAAACCAUGCAAUGGGGCUGCCAAGCACCAGGACUCAUUCCUGGUUCCCAGCAGCUCCUGGGGAAGGGGCACCUUCCUCUCCACAGCCUCACCUUCUCCUGGAGGAAUGUAGCUUUCCUGCUGCUUCUCUCCCUUGCUUUGGAGUGAACUUCUGCAUGGCUGGAGAAGAUGAUCAAAGAGAAACCGGGGGUGUGUCCCAAAGAGAGGCUCAGCUGUACCACUGAACUUCUGAACUCAUGCAACACAGAUUUUGACUGCAAGGACUACCUGAAGUGCUGCUUUUUUGCCUGUCAGAAGUGCCUGGAUCCCUUUUGAGAACCCUGCACGCUACCUGUGAGCCAAGGAGACUGCAAUGUUGGUGCACGGCACUGGCAUUUUGACUUUGAAAAUCACCGCUGCAGACCCUUCACCUACAGGGACCGCAAAGGGAAUGCGAACAACUUCUUAAGUGAGGAUGACUGCAGAACGGCCUGCAUGUCAACUGUUAAGAAUGGACAGUGCCCACUCUUCCCUUUCACUGACCGUAUGGAGUGUCUGCCUUCAUGUCACAGUGACAUCGAUUGUCCCCUGACAGACAAAUGUUGUGAAUCCAGGUGUGGCUUUGUUUGUGCCAAUGCCUGGACAGUCAAAACAGGUUUCUGCCCACACAAGCCCUCGGUAUGUGCCAAGAUUGAUAAACCCAAGUGCCUGCAGGAUGGUGAGUGCCCAUGGGAGGAAAAGUGCUGCUCGCAUUGUGGACUGAAAUGUAUAGACCCCAAAUAUUGA